CGGGUGAUGGUCGUCGUCUCUGCGCGGGAGCAUUUCGCGGAGCAGACUGGAGCUCAUCCGAUUCGCAGUGUACGAGCCGAUGGUGCAAUUCGGCACCAGCGACGACGAUCGAAUCGAAGCGCGCUUCAGGAGCAUGACGAAUGCGUUGUGAGAGAGGAGCGACUGCUGGUGAAGUGACCAUGCUCCGAGGCGUGGACAUUCGCUGUCAAUGGUUUGGAGCCCCAGUUGCCGGAUCGGCGGGCAGGAUCAGGACUGGUGAUUAUGGCAGCGUCAGGCGCAGGGGGCUUGUGGUGCGAGCCACAACGAUGGGGGAUGGCAAGGGCAACGUUAGCCUGCCGCAUGUCCAGGGCAGGAAACGAGUGGUGCUCGUCAGGCAUGGACAGAGCACAUGGAACGAGAUCGGUCGGAUUCAGGGCAGCUCUGAUUUCUCUCGCUUAACUCCCAAAGGCGAGUCGCAGGCCGCAAUCUCUCGCCAAAUGCUGUCGUCCGACUCGUUCGAUGUUUGCAUUCACAGUCCGCUGUCAAGAGCGAAGCACACAGCAGAAAUUAUCUGGGAUGCCCGUCCGAAGGACGCCGUGAUCUCUCUGGACGAUCUUCGGGAGAUCGACCUGUACGCUUUCCAGGGUUUGGACAAGGAGCACGGAAAGGAAUUGUUCGGUGACGCCUACAGGAUGUGGAAAGAGGACCCGGCGAAUUUCCUCAUCGAUGGUCAUUAUCCUGUACGUGAAUUGUGGGAACGUGCGAGUAGUUGCUGGAGCAGCAUCCUAGGGCACGAGGGCAGCUCGAUCUUGGUGGUUGCACACAACGCUGUCAACCAAGCGCUGGUUGCGACAGCGACAGGAUUAGGGCCCAGGUACUUUCGCUAUCUAUUACAGAGCAAUUGUGGUGUGAGUGUGCUCGAUUUCAACCCCCGGACUGCUGCAGAAGGACUGCCGCCACAUGUGAGCCUGGAGCGCUUAAACCACACGCCAACCUCAGCCCUCUCGGGCGAGCAAUCCGCGGGACGGAAGACACGCACCAGAAUUGUGCUCGUCUGUCACGGAGCCACAGCCUCGUCUGUCACGAAAAACACCGCUGCUAGUUCCGGGCUCGAACCUCUGAAUGUGCUGGGAAACAUUCAGUCCGCUAAGAUUGCGGAACACUUGCUCAAUGUUCCGGUGCACACUCUUUUCUGUAGCCCGCAGCCUUCCGCUGUGCAGACGGCGGCCAUAGUCAGCCGGUAUCUGGAGAGAGCCGAUUUGAAAGUGGUUUCGCUGGAUGAGCUGAAGGAUCUGGAUUGGGGAACAUGGCGAGAAGGAAGAUCUCAAGACGGCGAGCAGCGAAAUGCGUAUGCCGGGGCUGAAAAAUCUGACAGCAUUUUCACCAGAGCUGGCCAUGCCUGGCAAACUUUAACUCAGCAUUUAGAAAGUGUACAGGCAGAGAACGGCGAAGGGACUGUUGCAGUGGUGGGGCACGACGUGCUUCUGGAAGCCAUGUUGUGUCACUGUCUCGGUCUGGACGACACCUUCUCAGGGACCUUCCAAUUCCAUAACGGCGGCCUGAGUGUGAUUGAUUUCCCCGACGGUGCCCUCGGCCGAGGUGUCGUCCGGUGUUUGAACUACACAGCUCACCUUGAUCGGUGGGCGGUGCCGGUGACGAGACGCUGAGAUCCAUAGAGGUUAGUCAUAUUCAUACACUAGAAUGAUGAUCGACAGCCCCUUCCAGAUCUUGAUUCGGUAGACGCCAUGGAUCAUCUCUUUCUGAAGGAGGCCCGAACCGAAUGCAUGUGCUUGCAAACAGAUUAUGUUCGAGAAAGAAUAUUCCUUUCCCCACCAAAGAUUCCGUGCCUCGCCUCUGCAAGUUAGGUCGCAAAGAUACGAGAAGUCGGGUCUCCUGCAGUCUCGUUGUGCUCGCUCGAUUGAGAAGUGGAGGGCUCACCUGGCACCUGUCAUGGACUCACUUCCAACCAUCUUCUAAUUCCUAGCGAAUGUUGGUUAUCGGCCCCUUCCUCGCGUGUCCACGGGAGUAAGUAAUCUGCCGCAAUGUUUUCCCUCGAGCACGCAAAGAACAUUUGUCGAUCAUGAGGCUCAUGCCACAGCCAACAAGAAUCGGACGCAACGAAAAGCCGAGCUGCGACCGACAUCGAAACGAUCCUCGACGCCGCCUUCGAGGAACAUCGCCAGCGCUUGCAACGGAGCACGAGGCGGACACCUGACGCAACAGAUCGAAAGCAAAAGCCAAUUCUUAGAAAGAAUCCGGAAUAUUCUUCCGGAAAAGGGAAAAUCACAAUAAUCAAAAUUACUAAUUCACCUAAACUCGCGGAAAUGAGCUCCAAACUAAUCGCGCGGGCCAUUUAGCGUCACGCCGAGGUCGCGACUCGGGGCGGAUCGGAUCGGAUCGGAU